UUGAAAUAUAUACAUUUUUUAAAAUUUCUUUUUAAUAUGUCUGAUUGAAGUUUGUAAUAAUAAUUUUUUACUACUUAAAGUCUAAAAUUAUUCAUCAUGUAUUAUAAUUUUUCAUCUAAUUUAAUUUAACUACCUGUAAUAUAUUCAAACGCUUUUUUUUCCCUUUUUUUAACCUUUCUGUUGUAUAAUACCUAAAUCUAAACACACAUACAUAAUAGCCAAAAUGCUAACAAUAAGCUCAGAUAAGGCAGCUUUACAAUAGUUAUUGUAAAAUAAUAGUUUUGAAAAUGUAUUCAGCAAUAAUUGUGCUAAAAUGAUUCUCAUUAAUAUUACAAUUAUAGCAAAAUAACAUUUAUUUUAGGCGUCAAUUUUACAACAAUUUUACAAUGAUUCCAAUAAAUAAUAAAAUUUAGAAUCAAUGGUUUUUUAAUUUAAUUUUAGAAUUAUAAUAUAUUAUAUACAUUACAUGUUAAAAUCAAAAUAACGUCAAAUUUUUUUUAUACGUGCUUUCUUAUCUGUGCAUAUGUAUAUGAUUUUUUAUGUACGUAAAAUUGUAUGUUUUUUUAUUCAGUGGCUUUUGUUUUCUCAUACUUUAUUUUUUCAUCUUUGCACUAUUGGAUGUGCUUUAAAAUAUUGUGUUUUAUUUGGUUAUGCGAAAACUGUUGCAUGUUACAAGUAUUAGUUACUUUUGUCUUGUUUUCCUAGGUCAAAAAUUAAUAAACAUAAAGAGACUACUCGCUCUAAAUGAAGAAUUAAUCAAAGAAUUAAUUCCUCACAUAGGAUUGCGAGCAGGUUUCCUUUCCAGUUGGAAACGUCUAGUAAGUGUGCUUAUUAUACAAGGAGAGGUCUAUUUUGGGAAUAAUUUAUUUGCAUCACCAUUAAUGAAUGAAAUAAACUAUUAAUAUAUGGGCUCUUGAAUCAUUACUGCACUGCAAGAAUGCAUAACACAUGGAUCUGUAACGUGCGUGCCGCGGAAAUGAAAGACACUUAAGAACUUUAAAACGAAGCUUUAUUCCAAGCGAUUACAAACAUGUCCUACAAUGCUCGAGACCGAGAUUCAACUCGCUUGUUGACAAGCGUUGCCAAGAGCGUGACAACUGACAACGCUCUCCGUAAAAAUCAAUACAUCGAUCGGCUUCGGAACAGCUGAGUCGCAGUCGCGGAGUAUACCGGGCGACGCUCGUAACAGAUCUACUAAUUUGAAGUUAAUAUAGAGGAUCAUACUUAAAUAAAAUUCAUAAUUUUGACUUGUUAAUUUUUUUGCAGAUUUCUAACAAAUCUUCUUCGGUAUCAAUUACAAAUGAUACACCAGUAAUAAUAGAAUCUGUACCUCUUUCUGACAUAUCUAAAUUAUCAUCUAAUAUAUCAGAAGCAUCUGAAAGAUCUGAAAGUCGAAUAUCUGAAGUGUCUGAAAUAACUGAAAUAUUUGAUCAAGAAAUUUUUUUGAAUUUUGAAAAAAAGGGAAUGCUCACCGAUUUGGAUAGAUCAGCUAUUACUGAAGCUGUAGCCAAUGCCAUUCUUCAGCUGAAUUACUUACCGACAUCUUUAAAGUACAAUACAGCAGCAACUAAGCUGUGUGAAUUGUUCCUAUGUGAAACUAAGGAAUCGUAUUACUGUGCACCAGUUGGUAAAUAUAGAAAUGCGUCAGAGAAACUUCCUGAUAAAGUAAAAAAUAUUAAAUAUCAAGUAAAGAAAAAAGGUGCUGGUUCUUGGGCAACAUCUCGUUCUGAAUCUUCUUUUGUCCCGAGUGAAGGUCGAAUCACUCAUCCUGUAAAGCUUGCAGGUAACAAUUGUUAAUUUAUUGCUCUUUUAAGAAUUUCUUUGCAGGAAAAUUUGGAAUUUACAUUUUUCGCAAUCCUAUCUUAAAUUGUUCAUGGCCCUUUCUAACAUUAUUAAAAUAAUUUUAUAAAAUCAUUUUUAUAUAAAUUAUAUUAAUAUAAUAAAUUAACAAAAUGUAUC